GGGCGGCUGGCCCCGCCCCCAGCAGCACCGCUCGGCGCCCGGCCGGACGCGGACCCGCCGCCGGACGCGCAGCAGCCCCACCCGCGGCCCCGCACAGGUGCCGCCAUGGAUCUCGUCCUCGGAGCUGCAGACCGCUAUGUCUUCACGCCCUACGUCUAUCCUGCCACGUGGCCGGAGGACAGCUUCUUUCGACAGACUCUCAGUCUCCUCAUUGUAACGAAUCUUGGGGCUUAUAUCCUUUAUUUUCUCUUUGCAACACUCAGCUAUUACUUUAUCUUUGAUCACUCUUUAAUGAAACAUCCACAAUUUUUAAAGAACCAGGUCUAUCGAGAGAUCAUGUUCACGGUCCGGGCAUUGCCGUGGAUGAGCAUUCCCACGGUCAUGCUGUUCCUGCUGGAGCUGCGAGGUUACAGCAAGCUGUACGAUGACAUAGGAGGCUUUCCGAGUGGCUGGUUUCAGCUCAUCAUUAGUGUGCUGUCCUUCCUCUUUUUCACUGACAUGCUGAUCUACUGGAUCCACAGAGGCCUUCAUCAUAGACUUGUGUAUAAGCACAUCCAUAAGCCACAUCACAUCUGGAAGAUUACUACUCCCUUUGCAAGUCAUGCUUUUCACCCUGUGGAUGGCUUCCUUCAAAGUCUGCCUUACCACAUAUAUCCUUUCAUCUUCCCGCUGCACAAGGUGGUUUACUUGGGUCUGUACAUCCUGGUCAAUAUCUGGACAAUUUCCAUUCAUGAUGGUGACUUUCGUGUCCCCCAAAUCUUAAGGCCAUUUAUUAAUGGCUCAGCUCAUCAUAUAGACCACCACAUGUUCUUCGACUACAACUACGGACAGUACUUCACAUUAUGGGAUAGAAUUGGAGGCUCCUUCAAAAACCCUUCCUCCUUCGAAGGGACAGGGCCACUCAGUUAUGUGAAGAAGAUGGAGGAAGAAAAGUGCAGCACCAAUGCAGGGAGCGCUCGCCAAGAGGGAAAGUCACUCCUUGGAGAGUUUACAAAGACUGAGUAGGUUAUUAAGUAUUUUUUAAUAAGGAAAAUACCCUAUCCAGCAGGAGACUAGCAGGUAGACAGAAUCAUUUGAAAUCAGCAUGUGGUGCUGCUGAGAAAUUACCCUAAUGGUGAGUCAAGGCAAGACACUGUGAGCAUCACGAGCUUAGCCUCACGCCAGAACUCCUGAUGUGGGUCUAAGGGACAACGUGUGUCUUUCUAGGCAGCCGAGUGAUCAUCCGUAUCGUCUCAAUAACCAUUUCUAAAAGAGAGAAAAUAAAUUAUUGGGGGGAUUAGAUUAUGUCUUUUUGCCUUAAUCUAUCAUAAUCAUUAGGAAAAAUCCAUUGUGCUUACCAUACCAAGGUAGCACAUGACAGCAAAAUGCUAAUGAGAUGGUUCCUCGUUUCAGGAAUGGGUGUCUCUGGGUUUGGUGUGAUUUGUUCACGCAUCAGCGUGGAAAACUAUACUGAUUCUGCAUAUUAGCAGCUUUGUCAGUGGCCUAAUUAAAGCAGUGUAAUUACGUCACCACUUCCCACACACAGGAAGCUUAUUCUCUAGGGACCUUGUUAAAUAAUACAUUUUACUGAUGAAUAAAUAAAUUUGAAUUAAAAAAAUAAUUGAUCCUAUCAUGAUUUAACCCAGAUCUGAGAUUAUUUAAAGAUUUUGAUGGUUUUUAUUCAAAACUACUAUUUAAUAGUAUAAAAUAUAUGAACUGGAAUAUGUAGUAUUUCCCCCUUAUUCGUGGGGACGCAUUCCAAGACCCCACAUGGGUGCAUAAAACUGUAUAUAUUUCCAAACCACAUAUAUGUAUAUAUGUUAUAUUUUUCUAUACAUACAAAGCUAUGAUGAAGUUUAAUUUAUAAAUUAGGCACAGGUUAACAACAAUAGCUGAUAAACUAGGGUAAUUAGAAAGAAAAUUAGAUGACCAAAUAAUAUAUUUGACACUACUGACUUUUAAAUUAAGUUGAUGCACUUUUUUGUUGUUCAAUGUAUUCUGAAGAAAAUGAAAUGUAAAGUAUCCCUUUUAUAUUGUAAAAAUAUUAUCAUGAAGGCUCUUCAACAUUUAAAGAUAAUAACCAUUAGUAAUAAAAUAUGAAGUUUUUUCAUAUAAUUUACAGAAAAGUAACAAGAUCUUUAGCCAGAAUUUUCUAAUUUCUAACACAAUCCAGAAACUAUGUCAAAAUCACGAAGAUAAAAUUGAUUCAGUUUGAAAUAUGAAUGGCAUUGGUUAUGCUGUAUUAAUUUUGCAAAAUCAAGUCUCUAGCCAGCGGAACUGUCAUUCAUUUUGGCCGGAUGAACUGCACUUUUGACAUUUCAAUGUCACAAAUCUGUUACUUUCUAUAAUCAGGAAUAAUUGCCAAAUAUUUAGACCUACCACUGAAGAUUAGUUUUGAAAUAUUAUUCUCCCCUCACUUUUUCCCACUUCCUCUGCAAAAUAUUUAACUAGUAUUUUCAUAAAUGUUGUGUAUUGUAACAAAUAUAUUAGAGAAACAUGGUUCGCUAAGACAUUCUUUUAAAAUCUAUUUAAAAUCGAUAAAAGAUGGUUAUGACUAUUAAACUGUAUCAGAAAUAUUGUAACAGCACAAAGUAUUCUUUGUAGAAUUUUGUAUUGACUUGAAACCACAAAAAUGAUGUGGAUUGUCAGAACUGUUUUAGAGUGUCCUCAAAUGCUCAUUGUCAAAGGGAGCAAAAGAGAACCUAGUUCUCUUUAUGUUUCACAUUUGUAUUAGGUUUGAGUGGGUAAGCACUCUGUUUUAUGAGACUCAUCAUAACACUUAAUGCUUGGGAUCCAAAGGAAUUGUUGUUCCUCUUUGAAUCACUGUUACAAUGUUUAGAUUAAAUACACCAAUGUGCUACUCA